AAAAAGGGCAUUGACGGGGGGGCGGGCGUGCCGUCCGGGCUCUUGGUGCCGCCUCUUUGGCUCUGAAGUCAGUAGACCGACCGCAGUUGAAGUUUUUAUUUCGUGAAAUCGAUAGAAAAGAAAACCGCAUUGCUCUGAAGCUCAGCUGGCAGAAAGGAGGGUGUGCAGCUACAAGUUCGAGAACUAUCGGACCCCCAAAAGCAGGGGUGGGUCCUAGCACUUUGCGCCCCCGACUCUUCACGUAGGCCGGACCAUGGGAACCCCAAAGCCGCGGAUCCUGCCCUGGCUUGUGUCGCAGCUGGACCUGGGGCAGCUGGAGGGGGUGGCCUGGCUGGACGAGAGCCGCACACGCUUCCGCAUCCCUUGGAAGCACGGCUUGCGGCAGGAUGCCCAGCAAGAAGACUUCGGCAUCUUCCAGGCGUGGGCCGAGGCCAGCGGUGCCUACACUCCCGGAAAGGAUAAACCUGAUCUGCCCACCUGGAAGAGGAAUUUCCGAUCCGCCCUGAACCGGAAGGAGGGGCUGCGUUUAGCCGAGGAUAGGAGCAAGGACCCCCACGACCCGCACAAGGUCUAUGAGUUUGUGAUCUCAGGAGCUGGGAACUUUCCUGAGUCGGACACAUCACCGGGGACCAAUGGUGGAUGCAGUACCUUGGCUACCCAGGAAGACAUACUAGAGGAGUUACUGAAUGACAUGGCCUUGGCCCCAUUCCCAGAUGGGGGGCUCUCGAGCCUGGCUGUGGUCCCUGAACAGACCCCUCCGUUCUUGCUGAGCCCCACCGUAGACAUCCCUCCUCCCUGCCCAAACUCAGAGCCCCCGGAAAACCCACUGAGGCGGCUCUUGGUGCCUGAGGAAGAGUGGGAGUUCGAGGUGACUGCCUUCUACCGGGGCCGCCAAGUCUUCCAGCAGACUGUCUUCUGCCCGAGGGGCCUGCGGCUGGUGGCAUCAGAAGCAGGGGACGGGACACUGCCUGGACAGCCAAUCAUAUUGCCAGACCCUGGGGUAUGGCUGACGGACAGGGGUGUGUUGGGCUACGUGAGGCGUGUGCUGAGCUGCCUGGGCGGGGGACUAGCUCUGUGCAGGGCAGGACAGCGGCUCUGGGCCCGGAGGCUGGGCCACUGCCACACGUACUGGGCCUUGGGCGAGGAGCUCCUCCCUGACAGCAGUCACGGGCCCAGUGGUGAGGUCCCCAAGGAUGAGGAAGGAGACGUGUUCGACCUACGGCCUUUCGUGUCAGGUUGUUCCCACAUGCCUGAGGGCCCUGCUGGACAUGGCACGAUCAGAGGGUGCUUCCUCACUGGAGAACACUGUGGACCUGCACAUUUCCAACAGUUACCCACUCUCUCUCACAUCAGAGCAGUACAAGGCCUACCUCCAGGACCUGGUCGAGGACAUGGAUUUCUAGGCCACGGGGGAGGUCUGAUCCCUCACUCCUCACGGGUGCUGCCCCCUCGUGCCUUCACCUCGGCCAAUAAACUAUUUCUUGCCACUGUCACCACGUGUGUGCCUGGUGUUGGGUGUGACCUAGACUGGGCGUUAUUCCUUCUUAGGGCCUCAGCGUACCCAUCUGUGCAAGCAACUCCCACCCCAGAUGCUCUCUGCAUGAGGACAGACACUGUACAGGGGGCAGUUGAUACCUGUCACCUCCUUACCUCUUCCCUGGACCUGGUGAGGAGGGGAUAGUCACCCCCAUUUUACAGACCAAGACACUGAUGCUUGGAGAAAAGCAAGGGUCACAAAGCAAGAAACACAAGAUGGGUUAGAAUCCAGUCUG